CUUCCGAUCUUUCCACGUUGUACGACUUCGGUUGGCGCUGAUUUGUUGCGAUACAAACGGUAGAUUGACACAUCAGGAUGUCCGGUGAUGAGCAACUGUACUAUGUGACCCCCACUGUCCGGAGUGGUCCGAUGUCAAGACAGACUGGCUGUGAGGUCUACCUGAAGCUGGAGAAUCUCCAGGCCCCGGCCUCCUUCAAAAUUAGGGGAGUCUCAAACUUCUGCAAAAAGGCUGUGAGGGAACGAAACUGUCAACACUUAGUCUGUGCAUCAGGGGGCAAUGCAGGCAUGGCCGCAGCGUACGCAGCGAUGAAGCUGAAGACUAAAGCAACUAUCGUCCUCCCAGAGAGUACAUCAGCACAAGUUGCCGACAAUCUGAGACUACUGGGAGCAGAGGUACUAGUCCAUGGAAAGGUGUUCGACCACGCCAAUAAGUUUGCCAAAGAACUUGCAUCUAAGCCAGGUGCUGAAUAUGUUCAUCCAUUCGACCAUCCUGAUAUUUGGGAAGGACAUGAGAGUAUGAUUGUGGAAGCUGCGUCUCAGAUGCCGGUCAGACCUGACGUUGUGCUGACGAGCGUCGGAGGCGGAGGGCUCAUGGUUGGGAUUAUCCAAGGCAUGUGGAAGGUCGGGUGGAAGGAUGUACCGGUCAUUGCCAUGGAAACAGACGGAGCUAACUGUUUCAAUGCAGCCAUCAAAGCAGGGAAGCUAACCACACUCCCAGACAUAACAAGUGUUGCCAAGUGUCUGGGAGCUCUGACAGUUUGUUCACGUGCGUUUGAGAUUCACCAGAAGAAGGAACACAACAUCCAGUCUGUUGUAGUUGAUGACAAGGAGGCCGUCAGCGCCUGUCUCCGAUUUGCAGAUGACCAUAGAAUGUUGGUGGAACCAGCGUGUGGGGCAGCACUGGCAGCAGCAUACAGCAACAUCAUCCCUGCUCUGCAGCAGGAGGAACGCCUCGCCGAGGUGAAGACGGUGCUGGCAGUCGUCUGUGGAGGAGGUUCGGUCAGCCUGGACAUGCUGCAGGCAUGGAAGAAACAGUUUGACCUGUGAAUGUUGUCAUGGAAACUCAGAUGAACAGGUGUAAUGGUAGUUGCAAACAGAUGAUCCUGGUAUCAUUCAACCAAACACUACUUACAGAAAUGCUUUUUACUGCUAAUCAGAGGCUGUCUAUUGAAAGUAACUGUGACCAAUUACCAUUCUCUUAUACAAUUUAACCAUGGAAUGUCGGGUCCAAGGGUCACUUUGAUUCUAUUGACAAAUGGACCAUGAUUUCACUCAGGCAAUCACUACUUGAGAAAAUACUUUUUUUCUGACCAAUCAGGUAAAAGUAGCCAAUAAGGACCCUUCACAAAUGCAGUUUGAAAUCCAAAUGUCGAAUCAUCCACUCAAUUCACAUUGACAAACAGCAUUAACUAUAAUGUCACUCUGACAACAGGUACUAACCCAUACCUUGGCCAUUUCGAAGGUAUAGAAUCCAAUCAGCUCCCUCCACUUAUGAGGCAUCAUCAUCAUCAUCAUCAUCAUUAUCAUCAUCAGUCUUAGUGACUGCAAUUACUUUUACUGGUGUUUUACCUGUGAAGAUCCGGGUUAGAAUGUUGAUCUUCAGUAACCCAUGCUU